AGCCGCUGCCCCCGGCCCCUUCUUCUCCUUCUUCUUCUUCUUCUUCUUCUUCUCCCUCACCAUCACCAACAAGAGAGAGGAGGAGUGGAUUCAUCGAUCGAGAAGUCGAGGUAGUACAUACGUUGGAUUGGAUUGGAGGAGGAGAAUGCCUCGCGGUGGGUUCUCGGGGUCGAUAAGCUCGCCCAGGAUCGACGUCGCCAUCGACAUGGGGAACCCCUUCCUCAACCGCACCGUCGACGGCUUCCUCAAGAUCGGCGCCGUCGGGGCGUGCAAGGUCGCCGCCGAGGACACAUUCGACUGCCUCCACAGAGGGGAUGUUUCAAAGCACAAGCUUGAGCAUAUGCUGAAGAAAAUGUGCAAGGAGGGUGCCUAUUGGGGUACUGUUGCUGGGGUGUAUGUGGGCAUGGAGUACGGAGUGGAGAGGAUUCGUGGUCGCCAUGACUGGAAGAAUGCUAUGAUUGGAGGUGCUUUAAGUGGUGCUCUGAUCUCUGCUGCCAGCAACAACCACAAAGACAAGAUCAUCAAGGACGCCAUCACCGGAGGCGCUGUUGCAACAGCUGUCGAGUUCAUCAACUACCUCACUUAGUCAUGUAACUGCGUUUUUGCAGUGGCUUUUGUUGGACAGCAAGAAUAAGAGCUUCUUCACUGAAGCCAUGUUCAGUUUAAUAAAAUGUUACCUUGUUCAUCCCUGCUUCGUUCCCUGCACUUGUGAUCUCAGUACUUAUUCUGAGUAAUUAUUCUCCUGAUAUUCGUGGCUUGCAGUCGUCAGUAUGACCUUGUGAUGAUUUGUUUUAAGUUGAGAAAAGCCAUAUUUGCAA